AUGGGAAAUGAAUGCUGCACAAAAAGAACGCGGUCUAGUUUUACCGGAUCGAGCAAAGAAAUGCUGACAGAUUAUGAUAUUGCUAUAAUAAAUAAAGACCCUGAUCAAGCUGCUAUAAUUAACCGAGAAAGUAACCAAGAAAAAGCAUUGCGAAUGAAAUUGUGUAUAUGGAAAAGUCCACUAUAUAAGAAGAGAAAGCUUCAAAUAGGGAGCAAGAAUAAAGACUCUUCUCUUGUACUUUAA